AUGAGGGAACUCGUUGCCAGUCUCCCAAGGCUUGCCCCUGGUCAGUUCCUCAACGACACAAUCAUCAACACCCUCUGCACACGCACAAGAAGCGACAGGCUGGGCGUCAUUGAUAGCCAUGUGGUGGCCAGUAAUUGGGCUUCUUGGAAACGGACGCCUGAUUGGCUUGUUCGCGAAGCCGGGCGUGAUUCACUUCUUCUUCCAGUUAACGACGGCACCCAACAUUUCUGGUACCGCAACCAAUUCAACUCGCAAUCUGUUCAGGUCUACGACUCUGUUGGAAAGGACCUCACAAUGUCUCCUCUCACGAGCGAUGUCGCUAUGUCCUUUCUCCAGUGGUUAUGCAAGCUCGACAUGGUGCCGUCCGUCGCUGCGAUUAAGCUGAGUUCUCCAUCAAGUGUCUCCUGGGGUCCGAUUCAGCCAGCCGAUUUUGAUUGUGGCAUUCACAUCGUUGCCGCCGCCGCUACUUUCUCACACGGUUCUACCCAGAACACACCCCUGAACGAUGUCUCUCUUCCCAAGGCCUUUGACAGCAACGCUUUGCGAGAGGAAUUCAGCGCUUCACUAUGCGAAGGAGGGAGCGCGGACGUAAAAGAGAGCGAGAAGGAAAGCGGAUCUCGGCUGAAACCGCAAUUCCGCGAGCUGGCCGACUACCACGCCUCCAAGGCCCAGUAUACGAUGAGACAGCCAGCCGCCGAUGCUUAA